CAAUGACGUCAUUGUUAAUUUUCUUUCAAAAUGGCGUGUUAGCAGGAACGCUUCGAGGGAAAACCUGCAAGAAAUGUUCAAAAAGUUCUGACUGCGCCUUCGCUCUCUUUUGAGCUUUAAUCAAAACAUGGGUGUCUUUCUUGAUAAGCCUAAAAAGGAGAAGGAAUCAGAAUCAGGCGAAGGUAAUGGGCUUCGUUUUGCAAUGUGUGCAAUGCAAGGAUGGCGUGUGGAAAUGGAAGAUGCACAUGCAAUCAGGAUGGAACUUCAUCCUACUUUGAAAAACUGCUCGUAUUUUGCAGUAUUUGAUGGUCACGCAGGAGAUUUUGUUAGUAAGUACUCCUCAGAAAAUUUAAUAGAAACAAUUUUAGAGUUAUGGACAGCUUCAGGAGGAGGGUCAAACUCUUCAUGUGAAAAGACAGCAGAAAACAAAGACAAAAAUUCUGACAUUUGUAAUGCACAUCUAACAGAAUCUGUUGAAGUUGAUAAAUUCAGACAAAAUGUUAUAGAGGGUUUUUUAAAAAUUGAUAGUAAAAUGAGAGAAUUACCUAAGUUUCUGUCUGGAGAAGAAAGAAGUGGAACAACAGCUGUUGCCUCUUUUGUCACACCAAAUAAAAUAAUAUUUGCAAAUUGUGGAGACUCUAGAGCUCUUCUUUGCAGCAAUAAAGAAGUCAAAUUUGCAACAUAUGAUCAUAAACCAUACAAUGAAGAGGAGAGGAAAAGAAUAGAAAAUGCAGGUGGAAGUGUAAUGAUUCAGCGUGUGAAUGGAUCUUUGGCUGUUUCAAGAGCUCUAGGCGAUUAUGAUUAUAAAAAUGUGAGUGGCCUAUCUCCAACGGAACAGCUUGUGUCAGCCGAGCCUGAUCUAACUGUUAUCGAAAGAUCUGAAAAAGAUGAAUUUUUAAUUCUUGCUUGUGAUGGUGUUUGGGAUGUAAUGAGCAAUGAAGAAGUGGUGACAUAUAUUCAUUCAAGAUUAGUCAUUCAUCAGGAUUUGCAACGAGUGUGUGAAGAACUUUUAGAGACCUGCCUUGCCAAGGGAAGUCGUGAUAACAUGAGUGUUAUUCUAAUAACCUUUCCAUCUGCACCACAAGUUGCUAAUGACGCUGUUGAAAAGGAGGCUGUAUUAAAUGGAUUAAUCAAAGAAAAUGUGAAAGCUAUUGUGGAAAGUCAAGGUGAGACUACCACCCUGAGUCGAGUUAUUGAUGAACUGCAGUCAGCUGAACUUGAGGGUCUACCCCCUGGUGGUGGUUUGUAUUCAAAACUUUGUUUGAUCGAAGCAACGUUGGACGAGUUGAUGCCUAACAGAAGUAAAGAAGAAGGUCGUGGAGUAUUAAACUCAUUACCAGUCCCUUUAAGCGUGCUUCGACAAAUGGGUGGCGAGGCAGCUGAGCUGCAAGGUCAACAAGGAGAUAUGUAUUUUCCUGAAGAGGGAGAAGGAGAAAUUUGAACCAAUCCUGCUGCUUUCCGGUUUCAAUAUAAAAUACACUUUUUUUUCAAGAAUUUAUUUUCAAUAAAAAAUAAUAAUUUGGAUGUUUUUCUUUUGUUUUAUUGUUGUGGAAAACAAAAGGCUAACAUUCCGUAAGUUCUGAAAUAGAGUUGUUUUUUUGGUAUGAAAUUAACCUGUACUUUGUCUUUGUUGGUUUUUCUCGCUACCAGUUAAAAAACGAAAUACAGUUAUAUGGAGACAAAUAAACCUUAAAAUUUCUUUUCUACUAAAGUAAAUGAAAAUACAGAAAUUUUAUUCAAACAGGCGUUCUAAUUUCUUAUUUUUGCCUUAGCAAACUAGUGGACAUAAAAGCUAUUUUAUAUGUUGAAAAUUAACGAUUUUACAGAGUGAUUGUUAACUUGGUUGAGAACAAGAUAUGUUCCAAUAUGUAUGGUGUUGUAUUCGGUUGGCGUUUGUCGUUUUUUUAGAAAACACGUUUAACGUUCCAUUUAAUCUUAGUUAUCGUGUACAUUUUACCUAAUGAAAAUAUUGAUUCACUUUGGAAUGA